CUUUUUUUCUUUUUUUUUGAACAGCCUCGUGAACAAUGAGCUCGAUCUGUUCCUGCAGUCACUCUCCGUCGGCGCGUUCGCCUGAUGCGCAGCGCCUCCCCAACUGUUCCCUCACUUUGACAAAUUCCUGGACGUGAGCGGGUCUGCAGAAUGGCUUCUUGCUUGUAAAGAUGAUGCCUUGAAUAUUUUAGAAGUUGAAUAGCUCUGCCACAUCUUUUCCCUCCCCUGAUAGACUAUCCGUUUGGAAGAACACGAUGGGACUGUGGUCAUUUUGGAGUUUUUCUCUUUUGGCUUUCGUGUUGCUCUGCCUCUUUCACUCUAAGUUUUUGGCUCAAGCGGAAAUAAGUUCACCCAGAGCAAACGACAGAUUUUAUCGCAUGGAGGUUAUGCAGCUGGAAGCACGUGUAACCCGAAAAUCAGAGGAGGACAAAAUCUCACCCAAAGACGACAAUUGCACAAAAGUUUUUAACGGUUUUGCAACGGAUGCUGUCGGUGCUUUGAAAAAUGGCAAGCAAGUGGCAACUGAAACACAGAGCGGACCGACUGGCAUCGAAACGGCACCAAACAAUAACAGUCGUCUCAAAAUACCUAUUAAGAAGUAUGAUAACAUUUCCGUGGACAUCCAAAUGCGACCUGCAGCGACUGUUUUUCCAAGAAGAAAGGCAAAAAGGAGUGUGGGUCCAACAUACAGCGAAAAUGUGGAUAGGAGUAUAAGUGGAGAAGCGCAGUCAGGAGAGAGGUUUGUGGAGACUGUCCAAGGUGUUUCCAACUCCAGAGCCGAGUACCGGCGCACCGGGGAAGAAGCCAGAGGGUCUAACCCGAGACAAAGUGAGCCUCACCUGGACACUUCUACCUUUGCUCUGUCGGGAGACUCGGCGCACAACCAGGCGAUGGUGCACUGGUCUGGACACAACAGCAGCGUGAUCCUGAUCUUGACUAAGCUGUAUGACUUCAACCUGGGGGCUGUUACCGAGAGCUCGCUCUGGAGAUCCAGUGAUUAUGGAAGCACCUACAACAAACUCAAUGACAAAGUGGGUUCAAGGACAGUUUUAAGUUACCUGUACGUCUGCCCUACCAACAAACAGAAGAUAAUGAUGCUUAGCGACCCAGAGGUAGAGAGCGCUGUCCUCAUCAGUUCAGAUGAAGGGGCAAGCUUUGAGAAGCAUCCCAUUAACUUCAACAUCCUGAGCCUCCUCUUCCACCCGGCACAGGAGAACUGGAUACUGGCUUACAGUCAUGACAGCAAGCUGUACAGCUCAAUGGACUUUGGGAGGAAAUGGCAGCUUGUUCACGACAACGUGAUGCCAGGCCGAUUCUACUGGGCGGUAAUGGGGCUGGACAAAGAAUCAGAUGUGGUCCACAUCGAGACGCGCAUUGCAAAAGGCCGCGCUCAGUACGUGAAGUGCAGAGCCCAACGCUGCACAGAUGGCAACAGACAGUACCUCUUUCCUGGAUAUGUAGACACCAACUCACUGGUUGUGCAGGAUGAAUAUGUUUUCACACAGGUGACCAAGUCAGGACGAGCCAGCUACUUUGUCUCCUACAUGAGAGAAUCCUUCAAGCGGAUGAAGUUACCUAAAUAUUGUCUACCAAAGGACAUGCAUAUCAUCAGCACAGAUGAGAAGCAGGUCUUUGCUGCAGUUCAGGAGUGGAAUCAGAACAAUACUUACAGCCUGUAUAUCUCAGACUCCCCCGGGGUCUACUUUACCCUUUCAUUAGAGAAUCUGAGAACCAGCCGAGGACCCGCUGGUAACCUACUGGUGGACUUUUAUAAGGUUGAGGGGAUAAAUGGCAUGUAUCUCGCCAACAAACUGGUGGAUAAUCACAUCAAGACUUUUAUCACCUACAACAAGGGACAAACAUGGGCCCUUCUGCCAGGUCCUUCCACUGAUGUGGCUGGGAAUAACCUUCACUGCAUUCUGCCAUUUUGUUCGCUGCAUCUUCAUCUGGAGAUGUUGGAGAAUCCCUACACGUCUGGACCCAUCACCAGCAAAAAGUCUGUUCCAGGAAUCAUCGUGGCUACAGGGAAUAUAGGAACAGAGCUGUCCUCCACCAACCUUGGGAUGUUUAUAACAUCUGAUGCAGGAAAUAGCUGGAGACAGAUUUUUGAUGAAGAGCACAACAUUUGGUUCCUUGAUAAUGGGGGGGCUUUGCUGGCAGUCUUACACGCAGCGACGCCGAUUCGACACUUAUGGAUCAGUCUCGACGAAGGAAAGAAGUGGGACCGUCACAGUUUCUCCUUGGCACCUCUGUAUGUGGAUGGGGUUUUAAUGGAGCCAGAAUCUGACAAUCACAUUAUCACUUUCUUUGGACACUUCAGCCAUCGGUCAGAGUGGCAGCUGAUCAAGAUCGAUUACAAGGGCCUUUUCAGCAGGAGAUGCAUGGAUGGAGAUUAUCAGACAUGGCACCUGCACAACAAGGGAGAGCUGUGUGUGAUGGGCGAGAGGCAGAUCUUUAUGAAGCGCAGGCCAGGCAACCGUUGCAUGCUGGUCCAGGACUAUUCCAGGAUCUAUUCCUCUGAGCCGUGCCUCUGCACAACCUAUGAUUUUGAAUGUGAUUAUGGAUGGGAGCGCCAGGCGGAUGGGAAGUGCUCCCCUGCUUUUUGGUUUAAUCCAAAUGGUGCGGCUAAAACCUGUAGCUCCAGCCAAAGCUUCCUUAACAGCACAGGGUACCGGAAGGUUUUGUCCAAUAACUGUAAGGAGGCAGGGAGGAACGUGUACUCACCCAGGAGGCAGGCUUGUCGUCCCAGACCACCCCGAGGCCUCCGGCUCUCGACCAAUCAAGGAGAGCUCAGCGCCCCUGUUGGCAGUAACGUCACUUUCAUGGUGUACCUCGAAGACGGAGACUCGCUGAGGACCAGCAUCCAGCUAGACUUUGGGGACGGCAUCAAGAUCACGUACUCUAACCUGAGCAGGACUGAUGAUGGCAUCAUGCACAUCUACAGAACGACUGGGAUUUACCGAGUGACAGCUUCAGCUGAGAACAGCCAGGGAUCUGACAGCAGCACACUGUUUUUACACAUCACCAGUCCUGUGGAGCGUGUAUAUCUCUCCGUUCCUAUUGUAGCCAUCAGGGGGAAGGAGGCUAAUCUGACUGCGGUGGUUUGGCCGAGUCACACCAGAACAUUGACCUUCUUCUGGUGGUUUGACAACAGCUCCGAGCCCAUUAUAACCUUGGAGGGAAGCAUCUCAUACACGUUUCAGAGAGAGGGGAAAAACAAGGUCACGGUCCAGGUUGCUUCUGGGAGCACCGUAAUGCAGGAUUCAAAAGUUAUAACUGUUAAAGAGUUCUUCAGGUCGCUGCUGUUGUCGUUCUCGCCGGCGCUUGAUGAGCACAAUCCUGACAUCCCCGAGUGGAGGGAGGACAUAGGCCGUGUGGUGCGGGCAGCUCUGUCACAGGUGUCUGGGUUUCCUAGAGAUCAGCUGCUGGUCUCUCUGUACCCAGGACUUCCAACUACAGCAGAGCUCUUUAUCCUGCCUGAUGAGCAUACAGCGAGUGAGCACAAGAGGGGGAGCGAGGAGGCUCUAGAGACGAUAUCAGAUAUUUUUGUCACUGCCCUGAACCAAGGCCUGAUCCAGUUUGAGUUGAAAGCUGAUACUCGCAUUAUUGUGUACAUGACUCAGCAAACUCUGGCACCACUUGUGGAUUCAAACUCCAUCCACAGUGGGUCGGCCAUGCUGAUGCUGCUCACUGUGGUGUUUGUCGGUCUAGCCGCAUUCUUCAUCUACAAGUUCAAAAGGAAAAUCCCCUGGAUCCAUGUCCAGACUGAGGACAGUCAUGAGAAAGAACCGGAAGUGAUCAGUACAGUCGGUCAGAACGACAACAUGUCCAAGGUGAAGCUCACUGAGUUUCCCUCUCCAAAAGAACUCAUGGCAAAGGACCUGGAGGCCAGGAGCAGAGGAGGGAUUGGAAGAAAUAUGGAGAGAAUUGUUACAAGGGAAUUUCCAAACUGUACUAAUGUCUAAGACAUGCGCUCUGUUGCCCAGUAAGUACAGAUUGUUGUGUUACAGUUGUGCUGAAAUUGUUUGCAUUGUUUUCAUUUGUUUAUUUCUUUCACGCUGAUAGCUGCUAUCGUUCAAAGUCAUGUUUUUAACUCACAUGGAUAGAGUAAGUAUCUAGUUUACAAUACUUGAUGAAGAUCAGUACACCAAGCCAGACUCUGGGGCCUCUAGUUUGAGGGCGGUGAAUUGCUACAGUACCCGACACAAAACGUCCAAUUAGUAUCAGGAAUCCUUUGCUCUUUACCACCGCCAUGGCUGUGACAUUACUAAUUUGGGUAUGUUAUGGCCAAUUUUUUACUCCCUGUGACAUCAACAUGGUUCUUCAUUAGGAUAAUAUACAGAUAGGAGGCACAGACUGAGUCACUAAAGUAAAAUACCUCAAAAGCUUCGACACUACCGUAAGAACCAGUCUGCGAAAAAUAUUGAUGUAAUGUAAAUGAGAAAAGGUUAGCACAAGAGAGAGAAUGUGUAGGCUUUACUGUACAGGUUUGAUAAAGUCACUUUAAAUUCAGCAUCGGAUUUCAUGAGUCACUUUACAGACAUUUAGACCCUCAAGCCAUUAUAAUAUAAUAUAAUAAUAUCCAGGACUUGAAAGGAUCAACUAAUUUAUCUUAAUAAAAAACAAUGUUUCUGAAACCUCACGGUACUUGUUAAUGUUUCCCUCUGUCACACAAAAUGAACCGAGAGGCUAUAAGAUUAGCCAAGUGUAACCAUUUUAUGUUGUCUUGCUAAUAAUUUUGCCUUUUUCUUUUACAUCCUGAAUGAAUAAUAAAACCCCAAACGACAGAGUUGUCAGUGAAGGCAGAACAAAAUGUUGCUCUGCCUCCAUGCGACAGAAAUACAAUUAACAGGUCAUUUUAGGUUUAGCCAUCAUCUUGAUAUGACACUUUAUUCUCUGGAUAAACAUUAACAUUUACCGCCCUAUAACUAGAGGUCUUUGAUUUGUAAAUAUAAUGAAUAUAUAUAUAAAAAUGUUGAAAUCUGACUGUUGUGAAAGCUUCUAAGAAAGAACUGUGUUGUUGGUUUUGCUCUGUAAGAUAACAUGGUGCUUUCAAUGACUUAUCUUUCACAUGAUGGUACAAAACAAAACCUUGAUAUAUGAGAAUGGAAGUCUGGCCUUAGAAGUGGAAAAUACAGAAACUUGUACAUAGAAUAAGAUGGAAUGUAAAUCUAUACAGUAGCUUCAUCCUACUUUAUUGUAAACAGGAAGUAGUCUGUUUCCAUGACCUUCAGUCUCACAACAAGCUGUAUGUCCUUUUUUUUUUAUUAUUUAUUAGAUUUUUUUUUUUUACAGUAGCAUGCCCUAAUUAUCUGUGAUAAGAGACUUAAGACUAUAUUAGGGUGAGCAAGUACUGUACAUAUAUAUAAAUAUAUAUAUAUAUAUAUAUCUCAUGGUGAUUUUAAAGUUUACUUAACACAUUAAACUAAUUAUUAAACACACUG